UAAGGUCAGUUGGAGUUGUCUGUCCAAGAAAACAAACUGAUCCCACAUCGAUAGCAAAAUGCGCACAUUCAUUCUAGUCGCUCUCCUCGCCGUGGUCUCUCUGGCCGCCGCUCAAGGACCAGGUGGUGGUCGUGGCGGUCCUGGAGGUUCCGGUGGUCCUCAAGGUCGCCCAGGAGGUGGUCCUGGUGGUCCUCCCAGAGGCCCCGGAGGUCCCGGUGGUCCUGGUGGUCCCGGUGGUCCUGGCGGUCCCGGUGGUCCCGGUGGUCCCGGUGGUCCUGGCGGUCCUGGUGGUCCAUGGGGUCCACCACGCAACUCCACCACGACCACAGAGGCAAGCUCCGACAGCACAGAAGCAAGCACAGACGCGUCCAGCACAGACGCGUCCAGCACAGAGGAAAGCACAGACGCCUCCAGCACAGACGCCGCCAGCACAGACGCCUCCAGCACAGACGCCUCCAGCACAGAGGCCGCCAGCACAGAGGGAAGCUCUGCCAGCACAGAGGCGUCCAGCACAGACGAGUCCUCCACAACCGAGGCCAGCGGGUCGGGAUCCGAUUAGCCUGCCUCAGAUCUGGCUUACAUUUCUGCUGCUCGGGUGACCUGCGGGAAGCCAGUAAAUAAAUAUACAUGUAUGGCUUGA